AUGUCAUUCCUGUUCGACCUAUCGACGCCAACAACGAUUAAUUUCGAGCCCCUGCUGACUGACCCAACUGGCGAACGGAUCGGUCAACUAGCCGGAGCCAAUGCCGCCCGUAGUGCCAUGCGAACAGCCUUGAAAGAAUGUAAGCAGAACUCUGGAAAACGGGAUUGGUUCAAGGCUAUCAAGGUAAUUGAAGACUAUCUUCCUCACCUUCUGGGUCUCAUGGAUGCAGUCGAAAAAGACAUCUUGCUCAUGCCGAAUGAAAUAGCAUUUGGCUGGAGAUCAACACUCUCAUCCCGCAGAGUUCGUUCACCAUCUAGGAUCUUAUUGCCGUGUUUUUAUUAUGAAUUAGCUUCGGUCCUCCUCAACCUUGGCUUCGCUUUAUCAAAUACCUCGAACUCGCUGGUUAAUUCAAUGGGCGCUUACGAACUCGGUACAGACGCUGAGAGACGUGCGGGAGACGGGAAGCUGAGCUCAGCAGCCGACACUCUAUGCCGUGCCAGUGGAAUAUUCGAAUUAUUGAGUAAAGAAAUCAUCCCCAAAUGGGAAAAAUACCAUCCGGAUGGCCUUGCGCAUUUGCGCUCAACCCGCCCCCCAGAGCUAUCCCGAGAAGCUACUGGUGGAUUAGCACAGCAGACAUUAGCGGAUGCUGAGCGGCUUGCAAUUCGGCGUUUGCUGUCAAGGUCUGCGAUGGAUCGGCAUGCCAACCCUGGGGCAGGGCUUCCUAAAUCACAUCCCUCCCCGGCUCUGCUGGCAAAGCUCGAAUUGAAUGUACACCAACUCUAUAGCACCGCGAAGGAUGCUUUCAAAUUGGCUAGUGGCGCAGGCGAGAUUUCGAGUUCCUUGCGAAACUACGUUAGUGAAGGUCGUCAAGUUGCUCUUGGGCGUGGUUACAAGUGGCUGGCGCUCGAAGCCGGAGAGCAGGCGAGUCAAAACGGGGAAGCAAUUGGCUGGCUUGGCUUGGCACGAAAGGCCAUGAAGGCGGUAUGCAGUGGUUCAGUCCUUGCGGUGCGGAACGGAUCUCUGAAGAAUGACUGGGCUCGUAAGAAAGAGAAAGUAGAACAGGAGUUGGAAGAGAUUGAUAAAUUUUUGAAAGCAUAUGAGCAACUUAAUCGAACUGUUACCUUUGAAUCGAUUCCCGCGGAAGCCACGCUGUUGGCUCGUGUUCCCGGGGGUAGGGCGGCCCUAAGCAUGAAAACAUACGUGAUGCCUUCUCCUCUCCUCAAAGACUUUGGUCUGCAUACCAAUCCUGGCGUGUUGGAUUGGGCAGAUAGUGAUGAUGACGAUGUACCAAGCUCGUCGAGAGAACCUGAUCAAGCGUAUUGUUAA